GCGAGAGACCACCUGAGCGAUCGUAGCACGGUAGGUGGUCUGCAGGUCGGCAGGAAGCUGCGGAAGGUCCCCGACUUGCGGGCGCGAAAUCGGCAAACGACCAGGACGAACAUUCAAGGACAUUCCCGAAGUCCGCGCGGUGAUGUUCUCCGCGAGGAAUCGUACGUGCGACGUGUUCUCUUGUGGCGAGCAAAUCUGCGGGGAAUGUCUAAGUUGUCAGUGCGAGUGUGAGGGAAAUUAAAGAAUAAUAAAAAAAAAACUUGGAGAGACCCGGGAGGGACUUUAAAUUAGCACAGCGCCGUGUUGUUUUACAGACGCGAUAGUCGUGACAGCUUGGACAAUUGUAAAUCCGCGAAUAUUUCGGAUGUAAUCGCAAAGUACAAUUAGGGAACUUCCUCUAGGGAUAGGAAGGAUAUUUAAGACUUACUCGAAUGUUCUUAGUAAUCGCUAUAAAAAUUGCAUGGUGGCAACGUAACGUCCAUUGUAAUGAACAAGUCUGAGGGAGGACGAUCGACGUGUCAGUUGCAAAGUGUAAUCUGGAAACUGAAAGACGGCAUUCGGAAGAUGUUACGGGAAUAAGUGAAAUCCGUACGGACGUGAUAAGAAAUGGCCAAAUGCAACCGUGAUACUUAAAAUCCGAUGUCUUCAUUGAAAAAACUGUUCGUGCUCGUGAAAAUAGAUUAUAAUAAUCAGAGUGCCAUUACUUUUGCCUAAUAAACCAAGAGGCAUAUAUAAUUAUAACGAAAGAUUCCACGUAAUUACAGUAUUUCCCGAUAAAAAGACUCGAAAGUCUUGAACAGUUUCUUGCAACGGAAAAGUAAACGCGAAGCCACGCGUUAAUUAACAAUGGGAUAAUAACGGAGAAGAUUUUAAGUCAAUGCAGCUAAUUAAUUCCCAAUAUGACUGUAAUAUAAUGCGUUGUAUUUCUCUCAUUCUCAAUUUCUAUCCUCUGGAACUGCAAGAAGGUGAAUUGAAGGCUUGUGAAAUAUAAAAGAACUCGUAAUCAAGAAGGGAUAAAAAUAUAAGAGAAAUACAAUAAGAAGAUAACUUUCUUACGUCGCGGAUAUAAGAGACCGGGGUGACACCCGAAUCUCUUUAUCGCCAGGUCGUAAGUGGCAUGGUUGGACGCGAAUCGAAGCAUCCCGACGCGUGAGCACCGAGUGGUUAACAAGUGUUUGGACAAAUCUCGACACGUGCCCCGUCAAGACACGUGCCACUGUUUAGAAAUAUUAUCCUGCACGCGCGCCUAGCUGGCACGUGUCGAUCGUAUCUCCCGAUCCUCGAGGCGUGUUCGAGAGCGCGUAGGCGCGAUCGAAAAUUCCGGCGUAUCCGCGAGGAUUUGGAAUUCAAUUGCCUAGUCUCGUGCGAUAAUAAAAUAAUUAUCGCUCGAAGGGUCUGAAGCGAACAACUAAAUGGCGUGAGGUACACGACAGUCUCGUCGCUCCACGUCUAGUCACGUAAUCUAGUCAUACUUUACGUUAAUUAGCGAUCGAUCCUCUCGGAUCCGAUAAGCGACGCUAGAUUAAGGAAAGUACAUUAACGCUGGUGAAAGCCUAAAUCGUCAAGUCUGAGUGAUUAUUGGCGAACCGGACAUCGCACACCAUCAUGUAUUCGAUGGACAAUCUCGAGCGGGAUAUGAUGAAUCGGCACUACAUGUACGAGGCCCACAGCUUCCUGGGCAACCCGGCGAUCCCGGGUUUGCCGCCGCACUGCGGGGUACCGACCACGACGACGCUUCCGGCGGUGAUCCCGUCGCAGCUCCCGUCGUCCCAUCAUCCGUCCGGUAGCACCGGUAGCACGAGCGGCAGCGAGCACUAUCUCUACGACGAGAACAGCAGUGACAACGAGAGCGUCUACAGCAGCGACCAGGAGAAUCACGCGAGAGAACGGAGUCGGAGUAACCGGCGUGGCGGGACAUCGGGAAAAUGCCCGAGACAAGUGCAGGUACAGCAACGGCAGGCGGCGAACAUGAGGGAGCGAAGGCGUAUGCAGAAUAUAAACGACGCCUUCGAGGGCUUGAGGGCCCAUAUACCGACCCUGCCGUACGAGAAGAGGCUGUCGAAGGUCGACACGCUGAAGCUGGCGAUCGGUUACAUAAACUUCCUCAACGAGCUCGUCAGGGCGGACAAGGGUAACGACCCUUUGACGGGCAACAGCGGUCUCUCGAGGUGUUCCAGCCGGGACGAAUGCAAGAAGGUCAUAGUCCGUGGCAGCGGUGGGAAUCCGUUCAUCUCGCAUUCGCUCUCGUGGUCGAGAAAGUCGGAUAUCUCGCCGAACGGCACGAUGUACGCGAAGGUCUGGACGCCGGAAGAUCCGCGAACGUCGAAAAACGGGACGACGUUCGAGUAGACGAAUUUGACUUCGUCUCACAAGGAAGGGGAGGGACCGAGACGCGCGUCGCGCGAUCGCGAGGACAUUUCUCAAUCUUAGGAUGUUAUUUAGUGUCUAAGGAAGAGCGUUUCUAGUCACCGGUAAUGCAACUUGUACCUUACUGUCAUCGAAGAGUCGCCGACGAGGGGUAAACCGCCGACCAAAAUCAUGUACGCCAGUGCCCACUAAUGCCCAGUUGGCUUUAUCUCAUUAUCUUAUUUAUCUUGCCUUGUCUUUAUAAUGCCCGAGCAAGGCAUAAUGCCCAAAGUAAUGCCCAAAAACUGCCUAGUAAUGUCCAGUAAUACCGCAAAUCCGUACAAUGCCCUCAGCGGUUUACCCCUUGGUCUCCGAGUUUUCGAGCGACGGGGGUGGUCACCGAUGUGUGCAGAGGAAAAUCUUCCAUCGUGAGAUAAGCUGCUAAUAUUAGAUAACGGGGCUUCUGCAAAAUUAACAGGCAUCGUCUAUUGCCUCUGUAGUGAAAUCUGUUUAGUGCAAAAUUCAUUGUUAGAUGGUGUAAUCGUUGCGAAAAGAUUUGCGAUUGUAUUUGGGAUGUCGAAAACCUGCUCUCAUAUUACAGAAGUCUAUCUCAUAAUAGGGGACUUUUCUCUGUGCAUCUCUUGCGACUCUGCCGGGAAGGCGUUAGCAGCAAACUGAAUCAGCCACUGUAAAAUAUAUGAACAUUUGAGUUGCGGGAACUUUUUAAAAGCGGAAGCGUAAGUCUCGGUUAUGGCUUCAUUUCUUUAAAUAUUAUUGCAAGUACAGUCGGAGUAGCUCAUUAACAGAAUCUUCAGAGACUCUUUUUCUGAAAGAGAACAAUUUUUCUCGACUCGUGUCUGGGGGUGGUCGAUCGCGUUUAUUUUACAAUGGCCGAUUCAGCUCUCGCCGUUUUGCAUAAUGCAAACCUAUGCGUCUGCAUCCACGAGACGUUUUUACGAACGGUCCGCGGGGAUGUGCUUUGUAAAUAGGAAUGAUCGAAAAAUAGGCGAAUUAUAAUGAGAUAAGCACCGUUUAUACAUAAUUAACGCGACGUAAGAGAGAUGAUGCGUAGCGAGCAUCAUUAUUGCCACUGUGAAUAACAAAGCCAAAUAAAUGUAGUUCCGA